AUGGGAAGCCCGGCUGUCCUCCUCGCCGUGGCUCUGGCCACCCUCCUGGUUCCAGCGUCAGGGGCACCCAUCCGCGGGCAGGGGUCCCGGAACAAGCUGCUCCUGGUGAGCUUCGACGGUUUCCGCUGGAACUAUGACCAGGACGUGCACACCCCCAACCUGGACGCCAUGGCGCUCGAUGGGGUGAAGGCUCGCUACAUGACUCCGGCCUUUGUCACCAUGACCAGCCCCUGCCACUUCACCCUGGUCACUGGCAAAUACAUCGAGAACCACGGGGUGGUUCACAACAUGUUCUACAACACGAGCAGCAAGGUGAAGCUGCCCUACCACGCCACACUGGGCAUCCAGAGGUGGUGGGACAACGGCAGCCUGCCCAUCUGGAUCACGGCCCAAAGGCAGGGCCUAAAGACCGGCUCCUUCUUCUACCCGGGCGGGAAUGUCACCUACCAAGGUGAGGCCGUGACGCUGAGCCGGAAGGAAGGCAUCCUGCACAACUACAAGGACGAGGUGGAAUGGAGGGCCAACAUCGACACUGUGAUGAAGUGGUUCACAGACGAGGGCCUGGACCUGGUCACGCUCUACUUUGGGGAGCCAGACUCCACGGGCCACAAGUAUGGCCCCGAGUCCCAGCAGAGGAAGGAGAUGGUAAUGCAGGUGGACAGGACCGUGGGCUACCUCCGGGACAGCAUCAGGAACAGCGGCCUGGAGAGCAGCCUCAACCUGAUCAUCGUGUCCGACCACGGCAUGAGCACCGUCAACAAGACAGCCAGCGACCUGGUGGAGUUCCACAAGAUCGCCAACUUCACCUUCAAGGACAUUGAGUUCGAGCUCCUAGACUACGGACCCAACGGGAUGCUGCUCCCCAAGGAAGGAAGGCUGGAGAAGGUAUACGAGGUCCUCAAGGACGCCCACCCCAGGCUCCACGUCUACAAGAAGGAGCUCUUCCCCAAGUCCUUCCACUACGCCAACCACCCCAGGGUCACCCCCCUGCUUAUGUACAGUGACCUCGGCUAUGUCAUCCAUGGGAGACUGAGCGUGCAGUUCAACAACGGGGAGCACGGCUUCGACAACAGUAUCAUGGACAUGAAGACCAUCUUCCGGGCCGUGGGCCCCAGCUUCAAGAGGGGCCUGGAGGUGGAGCCCUUUGAGAGCAUCCACGUGUACGAGCUCAUGUGCAGACUGCUGGGCAUUGUGCCCGAGGCCAAUGACGGGCUCCUCAGCACCCUGCUGCCCACGCUCCGGGAGGCCGGCGAUGGAGUCCUCAGCACCCCGCUGACCACGACCCCCUCAGGUGCACCCCUGCCCUCCACCUGCACCCAUUGCGCCUCCAGGCAGUUGCAAAACGGUCCCAUGCGGGUGCCACCAUCUGUGGCCACGGGGGCGGGGGUGUGUCGGGAGCCCGCUCGGGAAGGCGCUGCAGGCCUGGUGGUCGUCAAGCUAUAG